AUGCCUAACAGCAACGUUCCAGAGAAGCUUCAGGCCAAGCGGACAGCGAGAAGAACGCAAGCAACGAAGACUAUUAACGAAGCUACCGCUGCGCUUCAGGACCAGAGUGCCACAGCAGAGAAUACCACCGCCCUACUAGAGAAGCUCACGACAUGCAGCAAGCAGCUUUACGUUUUGGAUCGGGAAGUGGAGGACAGCAUCGCUCCUGAAGCGUUCAGAAGUGAAUACGACUCUGUUCUGCAGUAUGAAGAAAGGAUAACAGAGUGCAUCAUCCCUGACCGUAGUACCGGAGUCAGGCUGCAACGCCUUCAACUGAGGAAGUUCCGCGGAGAGUUUACAGAAUGGCAGCCGUUCAGGGAUCAGUUCAAGGCCAACGUGCACGACAACAGGAAUUUAACCAAGUCGGAUAAAUUCCAUUACCUUCGAUCGUUGUUGCUCGGAACAGCGGAGGCAGCCAUAUCAGGACUGCAGACGACCGAAGCGGCGUACGACGACGCUAUCGCUUUGCUCACUCAACGGUUCGGAGACCGGCGAAGGCUUGAGGAACAGUACCUAGGGAAGCUUAGAACGCUUCCACAUGUUAAGUCUUCAACGGACACGUGCGGUUUGCGAAAACUCCACGACUACGUGCAGACGAACAUAUGCGGUUUACGCUCUUUAGGCAUACCAACAGUGACUUACUCUUCGAUGAUGACGCAAAUCCUACUGGCCGCAAUACCGUCCGACAUAGUGCUCGAGUACCAUCGUUUGAACCUCCGGAGCAUACAGAGAGACGCCGCAACACCAGCAGAACACGAAGUCGCCACGUUACAAGAUGAAGGCGCUGCCUCCACAGCUUCCGCAGAACUGAAGAAGGUGUUGGCUUUCCUGAAGGCGGAAGUUGAAAGCAGAGAAAGGAGUGGACUUUGCGACCGCCAGGAUCAGAAACCGUCCGGCCAACGGAAGACUGGAGCAGAAGGUCAUGCCAGUGCACCCUCGGCUUUCGCGUUGCACAACCAAAGUGUCCCGACGAACUGCCUCUUUUGCAAGGCGAAGUCUCACGCCACUGAGAACUGCAACGCAGACAUGUCGCAGGAAGACAAAAAGACGACGUUGGCCAAGUACAGGCGCUGUUUUCGGUGCACGAAGGCGUUCCACAAUUCAAAGGAAUGCCGUUACAAGGGAAGGUGCUCAAAAUGCAGAGGAAGACACGUUGCCACAAUGUGCGACCACAACUGA